AUUUGUUUCAAAUACCGGUGCGACGCAAUAACCAUGGGAUAUAUCAGGUUAUUUAUUUUCGUGAUUGUUGUUACAUUCUGUGCGGAGGCAUUGCAGAAGAAUUAUAGAGGCAUCAAGAGAGUGCCACUCAAAAAAUGUGUUUUGAAACCGAGGUGCGAUCCACACUACAAAUACAGAACGGCGGAUGGCUCUUGCAAUAAUCUGAAACGUAAAUCAUGGGGUCAAAGCAACACCAUUCAGCGAAGGUUUCUGGAACCAGACUAUGAUGACGGUUGCCAAUCCCCACGGGAAACAGGAUAUGACAAGAGACCGUUGCCAAGUACUCGAGACGUUAGUAACAAAAUCCACCGAAAUAGAAGGGCAAAAACAAAGAAGGACCGGAAGUUGAACAUGUUUCACAUGUCCUUCGGUCAAUUUCUAUCACACGACAUCGCUCUGACCCCUUCAAGUGAUAAAUCCGACUGCUGUGGAGCACAUAAGAACAGACCCCAGUGUAUGCAGAUCGUUAUUCCUCGUGGGGACCCGUUUUACAAAUUUCAAUGUAUGCCACUGGCCCGUUCAGAUCCGUUUCCUACUCGAUACGGAUAUUCAUGUUACAGAAGACAAAUCAACAAAGUGACAGCGUACGUGGAUGCCUCUAAUGUCUACGGAUCUACCGAGAAGAAAGCGAAGGAGUUAAGAUCAUUCAAAAAUGGGAAAAUGCGACAAAAUAACUUAGGCUUGCCGGAUGGUGGUAGUAAUUGUGUUUUCGAUGACAUGAACAAUGACUAUUGUCAGGAUGCUGGAGAUGGACGACAGAAUGUUGUUCCUAACCUCGGGGCCACGCACUUGUUGUUCAUUCGCUACCACAACCUUGUUGUUGAAAAAUUAGCAAAACUGAAUUCUAACUGGGAUGACGAAAAAUUAUACCAGGAAACUAGACGCAUUGUAUCGGCCAUUAUGCAAGAUGUGGUUUACAACGAGUACCUACCACACGUAUUGGGUCCAGCGAUAAUGGAGGAAUACAAUCUCUACUCAAAGUCAUCUGGCUUUGAUUCUGUGUAUGAUAAAAGGAUUGAUGCAUCCAUGAGAAAUGCAGUUGCCGUUGCAGCACUCCGCUUUGGACAUUCUCAGAUCAGGAACGUCCAAAAACAUUUCAGUAAAACAUACAAAGCGAUAGAGUCCAGAAAAAUCGAGAACACUUUCCAUCAUCCACAUAUGUGUGUAAGGCAGAAUGGACUAGGUAGUGACGGUGUUUUAAGAUGGCAACUUGCCGAACGCGCGGCCAAAAUGGACGGUGUUUUUGUGAGUGGAAUUAGAGACAAACUUUUCCCUGACUCGGAUGGUAAGAGCUUCGAUCUGGUAGCUAGAAAUCUCCAGCGUGGAAGGGAUCACGGCACACCUCCUUACUGGAAAUGGCGGAAGUUUUGCGGACUGGACCACAGAAAGCUGUCAGACCACACAAGAAGAAAUAGGAGGAAACUUCUAAAAUUAUGCGGACACAUCAAAAGUAUUGAUCUGUACACUGGCGGCACAACGGAAGUUCCCGUACCGGGUGGCAUUGUGGGUCCAACGUUUGCCUGUCUCUUAGCACGCCAAUUUUCGCUUUACAAAAGAGGUGACCGUUUCUGGUACGAGAACAACCUUCCAUACACUGGGUUUACGGAAGAUCAGUUGAAUGAGAUAAAGAAGGUCACGUUAUCUUCCAUAAUAUGUGAGAGCAUGGACGUGGAUCGAGUAACUCGGGAUGCGUUCCGAGUGAAGAGUAAAAAAAACAAAAGAGUCAAGUGCAGCGCAAUACCAAAACCUAGUUGGUUGUCUUGGAAAGCAUAAUAUGUGUUCAUUAUAAUUUUUAGCAUAAACUUCAAAUUCA